CGCAGAAACUCGAAUCUCAUGGCUUGCACUUGCACGGCCCACAUUCACUGCACGUCUGUUUGCACGGCCCAAGACCAAGAGAGAUCAUCCAUCCUGAUCCACAUCCACUCCAAGCUCCAGCUCCGGCGGCCAUGGCGUGCUGCGCCUCCCCCCACGCCCUCUUGUACUUGUACCGCAGCAGCAGCCGCCUCAGCGUCAGCAGCCUCCGCCUCAUCUACCCCUCGGCAGCAGCAGCAGCAGCAGUAGCUGUUGCAGCAGCACCUGCCCCGCCGCCGAGGCUCUCCUCGCGAACCCUAGGCGCCUCGCCCGAUCCGCCGCCGCCGCUCGCCGACGACCGGGACGACGCCAUCGGCUUCCAGAUCCAGGUGUCCAGCGUGGUGGGGAAGCGGAACCGGCGGCUGGUGCGAGCCAGGGUGCGCGUCGACGCGCCGCUGGAGGCCGUCUGGGCCACGCUCACCGACUACGAGGGCCUCGCCGACUUCAUCCCCGGUCUCUCCGAGUGCCGCCUGCUUGACCAAGCCCACGGCUUCGCGCGCAUCUACCAGGUCGGGGAGCAGGAUCUGGCGCUUGGCUUCAAGUUCAACGCCAAGGGCACCAUCGACUGCUACGAGGGGGACAUGGAGUUCCUGCCCGCCGCCGACGGCGAGGCUCAGGCUCUGGGCGCGCGCCGGAGGGAGAUCGCCUUCACCAUGAUCGACGGCGAUUUCAAGCUCUUCCAGGGGAAAUGGUCCGUCGUCCAGGAACAACACCACCAGGGUCCACCAGCAGAUUCGGAUUCUGAUUCUGAUUCUGAUUCUUCAUACCACUACCACACCACACUGUCCUACCUGGUUGAGCUGGAGCCCAAGCUGUGGGUUCCGGUCAGCCUACUGGAAGGAAGGAUCUGCACUGAGAUCAAGAACAACCUUGUUUCCAUCAGGGAACAAGCACAGCAGCACCACGAGUUCUCCCGUGCUACAGUGUUUCUUUCUAAUUUUUCUCCGGCCACCAGCCACAUAAUAUUAUUUUUCUCUCACACUAUUCCAACCUCCAGCUAGCUUCUGUCUUCUGGCUUCUGCAAUUCGCUGCUGCUUGCGCCUCUAACAAAAGUUGGUGCAUUCAUGUAACUAUAAUCAAUACAAUACACUGUAUGGUAUGGUAUACUCCAGCUCUGCUCUAA